AUGUACAAGUCUCACCAAGGCAGAGGACCCGCAAAGGGAUAUAUUGAAGCGCUCGAACAUCGUCUGCAUGAGACGGAACAGAUGCUGUUGAGAUUGCUGGCUCACAUGACCGACGAGCAGUUAUCGACUGCUCUUGAACGGGACCAGUCACCCUUUUUGCGUUCCGGGAAGAACGAUGCACAAUAUUGGAGACAAUAUCCAUUGCGCACAGCUCGUGAUCUUCGAAAGUGGCAGCAAGAUUGUUUGGCAGAAACAAGAGUGGCUGGCCUUCCUAUGUUCUCGCCGUCGAGGCGCAUCGACGCUUCUGCGCAAUCAAAAGUCGAAGCUGACGAAAAUAGUCCAGUAGCGCCUGAGAGUCAGCAAAUCGAGGAACAGCCUGUACCUCAUUCUGAACAGGAUACAGGCGCACGCGAAGAGGAACUGAGAUCCACUCAAGCGAUCCACGGUAAGGACAUGAACCAGCGUGUCGCAUGGGAGAACGGUUACGAUUCAUGCAACGAGUUGAGAAAAUCUUCAACAGCAAUGGGAUUCAUGUUUAUACCGUCGUCGUUGGAGUCUACCCGCUUAGAAGAUACGCAGUCCUUGCACGCCGAUACUCCCCCCGGACCAAACCUUUGGAGUGGAGCGCCCUCGGUAGCUUUCCAGCGACAAUUCCUCUGGUAG